UUUCACUUUCUUAAUACUUUUGGAUAAUGUUGGAUCAGAUAAAGAACCUUAUUAAGCAUGGAAAGAACACCGUUGGUGCUGCCAGUGCUCAAGGACAAGACGAAAGCGUCAGUUCCGACAAGUUUGGAAAGCAAAGAGAAGCAGAUGCCAGUUUGCUAAAGCAUCCAGAUCAGCAGCACAUGGAUGAUGCAGCGCAGAAUCUUUCAGACACUGUGCCGAAGAAUCAGCACAUGACAAACCAAGAAAAAGCAGCUAGAAUCGUUGAAGAAGAAAAUCUUUCAAAGAAUACCAUGCCUGUUUAUCGUGGAUUAGAACGAUUUCAACUCUUGGAAAAGAUGGGCGAUGGUGCCUUUUCCAAUGUUUAUAGGGCCUACGACACUGUUACUGAAGAACAAGUAGCCGUCAAGGUCGUUCGUAAAUUUGAAUUAGAUCAGUCAGAGGUUAAUAGAGCUCAUCUACACCCUGCACUAAAGAAGAAAACUAAAGCUACCGAGAGAGCAAAUAUUCUCAAAGAAAUUCAAAUCAUGAGAAGCGUAAAGCAUCAAAAUGUCGUACAACUCAUUUCCUUCUCAGAAUCCGACGAAUACUAUUUCCUCGUCUUGGAAUUGUGCAAUGGUGGAGAACUUUUCCAUCGCAUCGUACGCAUGACCUACUUCAGUGAAGACCUUAGUCGGCACGUCAUCAAACAGGUUGCUGAAGCCAUUCGACACAUGCAUGAGGACUGCGGUGUCGUUCAUAGAGAUAUCAAACCAGAAAAUAUUUUAUUCGAUAGCAUCCCAAUUAUUCCUAGCAAAAAUCAACCUCAAAGACAUCCCGAUGAUGAACCGAAAGAAGACGAAGGCGAAUUUCGUCCUGAUGUCGGCGGCGGCGGCAUUGGCCUUGUCAAGAUUGCCGACUUCGGCCUUUCUAAGAUCAUCUGGGAUCAAUCAACAAUGACACCUUGCGGCACAGUUGGCUAUACGGCACCAGAAAUUGUUAGAGAUCAGCGCUAUUCAAAAUCAGUUGAUAUGUGGGCCUUGGGAUGUGUUCUGUACACGAUCCUCUGUGGCUUUCCUCCUUUCUAUGACGAGAGCAUUCAAUUACUCACAGAAAAGGUUGCCCGCGGUUAUUAUACAUUCCUUAGUCCUUGGUGGGAUCCUAUAUCGGCAUCUGCUAAAGACCUCAUCAGUCAUUUGCUUUGUGUCGACCCCAACAAGCGUUAUACCAUUGACGAAUUCCUUAACCAUCCUUGGGUUAAGAACGAGCCAUUCCAUCCUCUACCCAAGCAACCAAACAAUGUCCAAGGAGCAACUCCUCUGCAAGCUCAAGCCCAACAACAACAUCAGCAACAGCAAUAUCAACAACCAGCACAUAAUCAGCAAUUCGAUUCUUUCGAUUCCGAUUACUCUGACCAUCAUGACAUAAGAACAGGAACACCUAUGAACAUCGAUACACCUAACGAUAUUCCUGGAGUCUCCGAUGGCAAUAAGCGAGCUGAUGUGUUCUCUCCCGGCGUGGGAGCAAUGAAGGAAUUGUUUGACGUUACUUACGCUGUCCAGCGCAUGGAUGCCGAAAAGCAAAGACGCAAAGUCCAAGGCCAGCGUCAUGUACCAGUUCUCACAGCGGAUGAUCUUGAAGACAUGUAUGUUGAAUCUUCAUCCGAUGAGACAGAAAGUGACCAAAGUACAGAAGAUGCUCAGUAUUCAAUGGCCAACUUGAGACACGAAUUGGAUAAAACGAUUGCACCCAAUGUUGAUCAAAACAAUCUACUUCAAGUCAGCCAAAGGAACAAGAUUGCUGCCGAAAUGGCCAAAAGGAAAGCCGGUGUCACAGCUGGCGGUAUUGUCAUAAACAAGUACCCAUACCAAAAUCAAGCGCAAAACCAACCACAACAUCGAACCAAGCGCGCUCCUUUUGAACUCAACAUGGCCAAAGCUACUUUACUGAGCAAACGCAAACAUCCCGUUGACUAUACCAAGGGAGGUCAGGAACAGCCAUUGGGACAACGAAAUUUCUAAUCAAAUUAUUACCUGGACAACUGAAAUGGUGUAUUGUAUGCCAAUCUAUGGGCAACAACAUUGAUUUCAACAAAAAAAAACACUACACUUGAUUGUUGUUUAUUGUUUUCCUGUUGUAUUUAUGGUCACUUGUUCUUCCUAUUCAUCUUCGCCUUUUAGUUUAUAUUUCAUGUUUCCCUUUUGAUUUUCAGCGUACAAUUUUUCGAUACCAUCACAUACUGUUUCGUAUUUAUGUAUACAUUUGUACUUUUUUUGUUUCAACUCUUGCCGACCUUUCUUACUUUGUAUUAUUCCCGCACUUCACCUGCUCAUCCCUUCACCAUCAUUUCUCCUCUCGAAAUUUUUGUUUAGCCUGCCUUCUCACAUCGCAUGUAGACGCUACUAAGGAUUUAUAAAUGUCGACAAUGAACGCAACAUAGCAUCAAUCCCCCACACACAUCGUACAGUACAAGAUAACCUGAUGAUUUACAACACAGUCGUCAAGGA